CCACCCCCCCCCCCCCCCCCCCCGUCAGGGCUGUGGCAGGGCCCUGCACAGCAGCCUGCCCACGGAUGCCCGCCAGCUCCUCCACCUCGGACCCAGGGCCCCGGGGGCGGCCGCGCGGGAGCAGGGGAAGCAGCAGACUGUGCCUGAGGAGACAGGCCCCAGGCGGGACAGCCUCCCAGCAUCAGCAGCCGCGGCCCGGCCUUGGCCUCGCGGCCUCCACACAGGUUUUCUCAGCAACAGCUGUAUGGACGAGCGGUCCACACGGCAUACGACUCGCUUCAGUGCGUCUGGAGUCGUGACAGCAGCGCCACGGCCGACCUCAGAGCCUUUCGUCUCCUCAAAAGAAACGGGAAACGUCGACGGACCCGAGCGAGCGUAGGAAGGAAACCUCAGAAGGGCUGCAGCUGGAGGAGCAAUGGGAUCUGCCUUUGAGGGAGUGAUCAAGAGCGUGAUCCGGGAGCUGGACCACAGAGGCAAGCUCAUCCCCGUGGACAGUCUGCGGAGCUCCACCAGCUUCCAGCCCUACUGCUUGCUGGCCAGGAAGCUCUCAAGACUGUGGUUCUGGAAACCCCGCUACAAGUGCAUCAACCUGUCCAUCAGGGACAUUCUGGAGCCUAAUGACCCAGAACCAGAUGUGAAAUGUGAUGGCCCCUUCCACGUAUGCGACUUCAUGGACGGGCAGCUGCAGGGCUCUGUGGAGCUGGCACCCCCAGGACAGGUGCAGCUGGCAGGGGAGGCGACAGUGGCUGACAACCUCAGCACCUCGAUGAACGUGUGUACACUGCGAGUGGUCCCCAACACCUGGGACACCAUGCGCCAAGAGAGGCGCCUGCGUCAGCCCCAGCACAAAGUCCUAGAGCAGCUGCGGAACUGUGGCAACGACAUAUUCGUGGUGACAGAAGUGCUGCAGACACAGAAGGAGGUGACAGUCACCUGGAUCUAUAAGCAGGAGGGCUCCGGCCAGUUUUCCCUGCCUGGAGCCCUGUCCCUCCAGGGCCAGGGCCAUCUGAGGCGGAAGAAGACAGUCACCAUCCCCUCAGGCAGCAUCCUAGCAUUCGAGGUGGCCCAGCUGGUUAUCGGCCCUGACUGGGAUGUCCUCCUCUUCCCGAACAAGAAGCAGAGGACCUUCAAGCAGUCCAAGAAAAAUCACAAGCCCACGAGCAGCGCAGGCUCCAAAAUACAGUCGGACGGGUUUGGCGAGGACUUGGUGGCAGUCACAGAAGACUUCCAGGGCCUGCUGGCAGAGGUGGGGACCCAGGCUGAGGGCCUGCGGGGCUUGUCCAGGGGCCUGUGCGACCAGCUGCUGGCAGGCCUGGUGCGGGUGCUGCAGGAGGAGCCAGCCCUGCAAACCCUGGAGGAGGCGCUGGAACAGGGCCUGUUCUGUGGGUGGGUGGCACCCCUGGAAGGUCCGGUGGGCACUGUCCUCGAGUGCCUGGUGCAUACCUCCAGAGCACUAGAAGAGCAACUUGCCAGACCCGUUCUCUACCUGGUGGACUUGCUGACUGGGCUGAGUGAAACCCAGCUCAAGCUGCUCACAAAGGUCCUGGAGACAGGAGAGCUGUCCCGGCCCUUCAAGCUGGUGCAGAGCAUUUUGGAGCAGAGCACCCCCUGGCAGGAGCGCAGGGCUGUGUCCCUGCCACAGGGGCUCCUGGAGGGCAGCUGGGAUGCAGAGGCACCUGCCUGGGUCUUGCUGGAGGAGUGUGGCCUCGAGCUGCAGGUGGACGACCCCCAGGUGUGCUGGGAGCCAGAGGCCCGGGACCACACGUGUACACUCUAUGCCUGUCUGGCACUGCUGUUAUGCCUGAGCGAGGACCCCUGUUAGGGCUGACCGGCUCUGCCCGCCAGCGUGCUGGGCAGCUCUCCAGACGGCGUGGGGCUCAUGCCCACCUGGCUGCCCGCACCGGGAAGGCGAGAGCCCCACCCAGCCGUGCGGCCAGUGCAUCCUGGGGUGGAGAGCUGGGGAAAGUCAGUAAAUGUGAUACACAAAGGAAA